UACCACAACAUUGUAACUCGCUUUCUGUAGUAAGGUAGUAAGCUCUGUACAUAUUUGCUACACAGGAUCUUGCAUUAGCAGAGGGAAUGUCGUUUCAUCAAGAAAAACAGUAGCCUAGUAGACACGGAAGAGGACAAGCCUCAGAAGUAGUUUAGUGCAAUCAUUCAGAGCAACAAGUGCUUGAGGAGGAUACAUUUUCCGCCCACGCAGUCUUCCAUUUGCUUUAUAACUUCGUUAUACCGUAGACCUGUGUGUAACUACUUUGGGAGAACCUGUAGCCCUGAAGACAAAUGACAAAAGGCUAUGCGCUAUGAUGAGUGUGGUGUUAAGAAAUGCCAAUUGUAAGAUUUAGAGGCAAACUUGCUAACUUGGUGCCGCUAAUAGGACACUUCUCUUGUGUGUGUAGUUGGCAAACUGCUUGAACUCUAGCCUAUUACUUCACUGGUAGAAAAGACCAACUUACUUCACCAGUCACUUGGACCAUAAGUGAGUGUCUGUUUGGCUAGUAAAGUCAGAUUAAUAUCUACAAUCCAUAUAGGCUGGUGAGUUAAAUAAUUCAUUCAUAACCAUAGAGCCCUAAUCGUAGCAGGCCUUGGCGACUUCACUAUGGUGUUGGCGGAGUUGAGUUUGCGCUUGAAUGAAGUCGGUUACAAGAACUGGCUGAAAGCUGGAUACUGUCUCAUGAAGUUGAAGGACGGCUUACAGGAGUUUAUAAACACGGAAAUGAAAACAUUUCAUGAAAACAUAAAGAGCGACAACGCCACCCUGCGGCGAGGCCACGCAUGUACCCGGAACUGCAGAUCCAAAGGCAACCAGUUGCAGUCUCUGUGUCCGCUGUGCAGUGAGUGGAAGAGGGAGAUCUUGAGGCACCACAACAGCGCCACCGCGGUGGUCAAUUGGGGGAACUGCAGGCCCUCACUCUGGUCCCUGGAACACUGGGAGAUUGCCAAGGCCUUUAUGCCGCGUGGCCAGGUGGAUGUGAGACGUGCUGACCAGUGUGAUGCAGCUGCUCUCCUGAACCUCCUCAACUACUGUGAUCACUUCAGAUACAUGGACACACACACCAUCAGAGAGGUGAUCCGUUGUAGGAAUGAGCUGAUGCAUUCAUGUGAGAUGAGGGUCUCUGAUGACUGGAUGCAGAGAUACCGACACAGCCUGGAGACACUACUGACACCACUACUACAUAUACCUGAUGCAGAGGAGACACGACGACACAUACAAGAGACUCUGAGUGUUGAUUGGUCGGUGCAUGUUCCUGGUGUGGACCGGUUGGACGGGGCUGUUGGCAUGGAGACGGAACUGGAGCUCAUUAGCCAAUGGGAGACGGAGUUGCUACGGCAACGCCUCCAGCAGCUGAUGGACCAGGAGGAGGAGCUCAGUCAGGAGGAGCUGGAGCGUCUGUCUUCUCUGCGUGUGUUUCUGCAGAAUCAGGAGGAUCUGAGGGAACGCUUCAAGGAUGAACUACACACACUUACCACGCGCACACAC